AACAUCACCGCCGAUAAGUUAAAAAUGUCUCCAUAUUUCACACUACUGCUUCUUCUUUUAAUUAACGAAUCUUUAGCUAAAGGCAAGACAAACUCUACUAAAACCAAAGUUGCSCAUGKGUUGAAAAAAUCMAARCCACAYCACAAAUCCGCUCAACGUAAAGGUUCCAUGGUAUUUGAAGAAACCUCUAAAGAAAAAAUCAAGUCGUCCCUCGACAAGUCGUUUGGACUUCUUAGUCCUUGGAAUAAAAAUACGGGGGAUGUUUUCACGGGGUGCUUGGGUCAACAGGACGGGUUAUCAGAUCAACAAGCCGGCUUACUUAAUCAACCAAUCAACCCAAUGAUGCGGAUUAAUGGAUAUCCCAUCAACCCGAAGGGCUCCAAAUCCUUGAGUCAAACACUGGAUGGAAAUCUCGAAGAAGAAGAAGAYCUGAAGGAGGUCAUGUCUCAGAUAACUGGACGAAGGGCCGCCUUCAGAGGACACAAGUUUGGUGGGGGCUGGAGACCUUUGAGGCCGAUAAAUUAUCCAAUGCACCGUAUGUCGCAAGGAAUGGCGGGUAGAGGAAUGCUGGGAAAUAUUAAUGUGAAUGACGGAUAUAGGAGAGAAAAAACAAUCCAUGUGCACGCAAAAAGAAAAAAUGACAUUUUCAAAAAUCUUCAUGGUUUGAUWCUUAGGAAGAUGUAUGAAAAACGACUUGCAAAGCUACGUGCAAGAAGACUGCAACUUUUAAAACUACAGGCAAGGAGGCUUCGGAUUCUUAAACUCAUGAAGAACGUUCAACAAGCAGAUAAAAUGAAAUUAAUGAAUUGUUAAUAUUUUAGCAUGUUAAUACUUGUGAAUAGGGUUGUAAAGAAGUUUGUAAAGUCAUCGUAGAUUGUUAUUCAGCUAUAUACAGCAUAGAACUCGAUCUGAUCAAUGUAUAAAAUUAUCACUAUC